AUGGAGGACUUAAGCACCUUACAGUUGGAAAGGUGCCGAUUUUGGCAUUACACUGAUGACAUUAUGCUCAGGGGCUCCUCUGAAAAGCAGUACGAGCAGAUUCGCAUCCCUUCGCACACCACCUGGACCUCGAGAGCCAAGCCUGAUCGAGGGCACAGAGUCCAAUAUGGUCCCCUCACCACUGAAGGCCCCACAGGCCACAAGCCCACCAAGUCAGUGCGAGAUCAUCUCUUUGGAAAUCCGGCCACCGGUGACGACUCUCCAAAAGCAGCCGCCUCCACAGCGGCCGCUCUCACCAAAUACAGUGGCUACAAGGGCUGGCUGAUGAAACCGAACGCCCCAGCUAAUAACCGCAAGGUGGCGGCGGCGGGCGGAUGGGGGGAGGGCGGGUCCAAUCACAAUACUGGCUCCCAAAGGGGAAAUGUCUGUGAGGGCUGCCUCAAGCACUAUGGCCCAGUAGAAGCUGAGCGAGAAGAGACUGUCCUGUAUGGCUGGCUCCGCUGCCAGCUCUGGACCAGUAUCCUCCUCUUCGGGGGAGCUGCCCCACACAAACACAUCCUCCGGUUAUGUGGUUCCGGGGGCGCCCCCCGUUCCUACAUGACCCACAUCUCCCUCACCACAGCUGACUGGUUCAGGGAGCGGCCGCCCUCUUCGCUCCGAGGCAGCUACCGCAGGCCCCGCGGCUUCACCUUCACCUCGGCCUUCACGCCCGCCACGAUGCCCGUGCUGUCGCAGGUGCGCCAGAACUACCACCCCGACUGCGAGGCCGCCAUCAACAGCCAUUUCACCCUGCAGUUCUACGCCUCCUUCGUGUGCCUGUCCGCAGCCGUUUACCUCUGCCGCGACGACGUGGCCUUGAAGCACUUCGCCUGGUUCUUCGUGCGCCGCUCCCUCGAGCACAGCAGGUGGGCCCGGGGCCUGAAGCGCCUGCAGAACCAGCGCGGGGGCCGCCUCAGCUUCCAAGACAUCAGGAAGCCAGUCAGUGACGAGUGGAAGAGCGGCCUCAAGGCCAUGAAGUGCGCCUUGUUCCUGGAGAAGCUCGUGAACCACAGCCUGCUCCACCUGCACCAGCUGGCCACCGACAAGAGCGACCCCCACCUGCACCGCUUCCUGGCAACUCACCACCGCAGCCAGCAGGUGGCGUUCAUCAGCGAGCUGGAGGGUCACGUCACCACCCUGAGCAUGAUGGGGGCCCCGGACGUCGACCUGGCAGGGUCCCUCUUUGACAAGCUCACCCUGGGCGACAGCGACAAGAACUGA